AUGGCAGGAAGCCAGGUGCUCUCUGCGUAUGUUGCUUUCACAGCGUCAAGCUCUGGGGUCGAGCAACAUUUCAGCAAGGUGGAUCGUUGCCACCUUGAAAGAGGAAACGGACACAACGAUUCCUUUCGCAGAUCUGUCAUCGCUCUGGCGGACGACGGACAUGAAGCGUCGGACAAGGCACUUGUUGAAAGCGCGCGCCGCAUCUAUGCAGAAGGGCGGCAGCGUGCGGCGCAGCCGCGCAGGAAGCGACGAGACGCAGGAGUGCCGCGAGCGAGUCCGGGCGAUCUCGAGGACAAGAGCGGCCUGAAAACUGAAGCAGACUGGUUGCGCAAGCGGCGGCGUGAUUUGGACGAGGCCAUAACAGAAACUCCACCGCCCAAGAGAGCAGCCACAAUGGAUUUCACGCCAGAAAUGGAGCGCGAGGCCAAGCACUUGAAGGGCGUCCUUGAGAAGCGCCGCAUGGAGGCCCAAGCAAAUGGGAGCUUGCUCGACUCUGAGAAAACGAGUGCAAGGAAGGUGGAAGCUUGGCAGAACAAGCUACGCCAGGAAGAUGCAAAGCGCAUUGGGACACAAACAAGGAAGCAAGAAUUCUGGGACAUGGCAGGUCAAAAAAAAACGCGUGAUCAUUUCGAGAAGAUGCUCGCAGGCAAGACGGUGUGGCUGGGGAGGGAGGUUCAGAAUCUUCGGCAAGCUUGCCUCAACUUUGGAGCUCAUGCUGUAACUUCCGAGUUGUCCGCCGCGAAUGUCUUCCUUGUGGACAGUCUCAAUCCGGAGAAAAAGGCCCAGUGGGCGGCUACACUGCAAGGUGGCACAUUGAUUUCGCAGACAGUACUAGAGCCACAGGCACCCGGAAUUUUUGCGCUGCACUUCCGGAGAGGUACUGCUGAGAAGUGCGUCUUGCACAUGACGCCAGCUUUCAUGGACAAAAACCCUUCAGUGAGCAGUUUCCUGCGCGGCGUGGUCUUACCCGCUGACCCCGGAUCGGCGUGGACAUUGUCUGAUGAGCCCAGCAAGGCCAAGGUUGUGCUCUGCGUCUCAAAAGAAAUGAAGGCAAUGAAGAAGCGGGGAAGAACAACUUGCACAGCCGAGGACUUCUUGAUCACAGUCGCACGGCGGAACUUGUGCCCAGCAAUGUCUGGUCGUUCCUAA